AUGGCCGAUCCCUUCUACGAUGCCCGUAACGCCCUUGCGAUCGGCAAUUAUCACCAGGCUCUCGCGGAGGCAAGCGGAGCCAAAACGACACUUCGAAAACCCGACGAUUUGGCCAUCUUUAAUACAGAGCGGGAGGCCCUUCUAUCUCUUGCUCAAAUUGGGCUGGGUCAAGGGGAAUCUGUCGUAACGCAGUUAGCCUCCGCGUCUCAUCCUACGUUACUGGCAGUGAAAAACUGGGCGCAGUUUUCUUUGGCCAUAAAAAAUAAAUUGCCUGAUGGAGCCCUCAAUCAAACUGCGGCUUCGGCGCUAACACGGUUAACUGAAGCGGCAGAAGAAGUGAAUCCUUCACGCAUUCAGGGGGCGGUGCUCGCUGCUUCUGCGCUUCUUGCUUCUGGUGAUAAUGCCGGGGCAAUAAGUUUGGCCAAAAGGUGGAUAGGUGAACUUCCAACACCGGAGGGUGCUUCCAACAUACGUCAACAAAUGGAACUGCGAGCUGUUGUUGUCGAGGCACUUCUCCGUAUGCGACGUUCAGAAAUGGCUAGAAAUGAAGUAAAAAGCAUGGAGCAGCUGGACGAUGAGUCUGUGCUUACAGUAUUGUGCUCAGGUAUAGUGAGCCUUCACGAGGGCAUCAAGUCUCGCGAUGCCUAUGAGAGAGCCAUUCAGCGCUUUAAGGAGCUUUCCAUGCGUUGUGGUCAGAGUGUGCUAGUACAUAAUUUAAUGGCGUUAGCACAAAUGGAGCUUGGCGAUUUCACGUCGGCAGAGCGUAGUCUUCUCGAUGCCUUGGCUAUGAGAUCAAAUGAUGUCGAUACGACGGCGAAUCUGGCGGUUGUUUCUUCGUAUCUUGGAAAAGCAGCAGACUCCACGAACCGUUACACCCAGCAAGCGGUUGCCAUCGCUGGGACAUGGAGUCAUCAAUACGCCGCCAUGAAUGCACGCCUGGAAGAGGCUGUCUUGCAGUUUUCAAAGACGGCGUAG